GAAAUGACAUUAAAGCAGAAAUUUGUGUGAUGACAUCAGCUCUGUCAAAGGAAAUGGGAAUGAUGGAAGCUCAGUUGAACCACUGGAAGGAGACUGCACAUGAAGCUAUUUCUCUUCAUGAAGAAGCCCAAACACUAAAAGCUUUGUUAAGUGGUAAGACAAACCUACAAAAGUGCUUGGCAGAAGUGUGUGCUGAACAGAUUGUGGAAAUCAAAUCUCUCAAUGAUUUGAUUGAUAAAUUGCAGAAGGAAAAAUUGAAAUUGCAAAUCUUCUUGUAUAUGUAUGGUCAAGGAAGCUAUGAUAAUAAGUAUGCUAAUUUGAGAAUUUAUUGAGACACAGAGUAUGAA